UUGUUAAAGUCGUGUAACGGCUUUAAAUGUUCAAAAACUUUAUUAAUAUAAAUUCCAUUGGAAAUAUCUAAUAAUCUUAUUAUUACAGAAUAAAAUCACGACAGACAUCACACGAUGAACACCAAAACGCAAAGUAAUAGUAGAAAUCGUUUUCUAAAGUUAUCAUUGAAGAAAAAUCAUGAAAACAGUGCAAAAGCUGCCAGAAAACUAAACCAAAGCUCGGAUGUUAUCAUUCUUGACGAAUCAUUUGAUAGAUUACAAAUGGAAUUCAAAAACAAUAUAUCACCAAAGAAGAUAUAUUCUCCAAUUAUGAUAAAUGAUUCAUGUGAACUGUUUGAUGAAAAGUUACCUAAAAUAGAGCUGGUAAAAACUAAACCCAGCAAGACGGGAAAUAUAUUAAAUUCAACAAAAGAAGAUAUGGCAACACCAUUAAACGAAUCUAGACCGAGUUUUGAUGGUUGGUCACCAUCACAGAACAUAGUAUGUGUUACCCCGAAACAAGAAACAAUACCAUCAACUCCGAAAGAUAUCGCUAAUGAAUCUUUAGAAGAAUGUUCUAUGAAAAAAAUUCAGCAAUCACAGAAGAAAUUACUUGAUGACUUAUAUGGUGAUACAUGGAAAAGCAUACCAUCUCUUCUAAAAACGUUAAAAAAAGAAAAACAUAAUAUAGUGCCUAAAAAGCUAUUUGACGACGAUGCUGAUAAUAUUAUCAGUGAAAAAGCCAGUACAAGGAAAGAAAUAAAACAAAAUAAAUUAUUAUAUUUAACAGAAUCUGAGAAAAAGAUAAAUAAAGAAUUAAGUACAGAGAAGAAAUUUAAAAAGAAAUUGUACACAGAAGUUGUACCCAAUACACCGGAACCAAAAACGAAGAAAAAAGAAAAGAAUACAAGUACAAAGAAAUUGAAAGGUCUAUCAGUGACGGAAUUAGUACAAGUUAUGAAAAAUGAUGUUGACAAUUUGACUAGAAAAGUUGAAAAUAUAAGUGUAUCUAAAAACGUUGAAAUCACACCGUCAAAAGAAUUGGCUGUCAAUAGACUUAGUUUCCUUGCAUCUUUAGCAGAUAAUGUGCCUUCGUGGAGAUGUCAUCCAGAAGCGAUACAAUAUCGAGACAACUUCAAGUCAUUACGUGAACAACUCACGCGGCGUUUGUUCCUAGAUUUCAAUAAAAUUGUAUUUGAUAAUGUUUUGGACGCUGAUUUACCAAUCAUAUGGGAUACCAAGCUUAGGAGUACUGCGGGUACGACAACUAACCGACUGCUGAAGACAGCGCGAGGCGACCGCAUCCGCACGUCCAGCGUGAAGUUGUCCAGCAAGGUGGUGGACGCGCCGCAGCGCCUGCGCGACACGCUCAUACACGAGCUGUGCCACGCCGCCACCUGGCUGCUGGACGGCGAGCUGCGCGCCGGACACGGCCCGCUCUGGAAGAAGUGGGCGACGCGCGCUUUGAAGUUAUUGCCCGAGCUGGGAGAGAUCUCGCGCUGCCACGACAUGGAGAUAUACUUCAAGUAUUGCUACAAAUGUACUAAAUGUGGAUACAGCAUAAAACGCCAUUCGAAAUCUAUUGAUGUGACAAAAAAGUGUUGCGGUUAUUGUCAUGGAACUUUUGAGGUUAUUGUGAACAGAAAAAACAAAGAUGGCGUCGUCGUGUCGACUCCCGCGAGGAAAACUGGUCCAAAUGGCUUCGCUUUAUUUGUUAAAGAAAACUACGGUAAUUUAAAAGAUGGUACGAAAUCACAUGCAGAAGUAAUGAAAUUAUUAGGUGAGCAAUUUUCAGCUAGGAAAAAGAAAAUUGAAGAAUUUGAUAUAUGACAGUACAUUAACGUAUUUGAGAUAUUUGAUUUGUGACCUGAAUAGGGCAGGACCUUGGAAGUACCGAAAAUGUUGACUAUAGUGACAAUAAACACGAAAAAAGAGGAUUUUUAUGGGAAAAAAUAAUAUAUUGACACUUGGCACGUCAGAAACAAGAGUAGUCUUCUACGCGACGUGCCAACUCAACUGAUUUUAAGUAAUGAAUUUAAUAGACUUGGAAAGUUAGGGGAAAUUUCCAUAAUUUAAAUAUUUUUGUCUUUACAAACAAUUGACUUUAUCGAUUUUGAUGUUUUAGUACAUAAUUAUACUUUUCCAUUAACAAUAUUGUUAAAAAUGUUUUCAUGUUGGUACUGA